UAUUUUACCCGUUUUUCCUCUCAUUUGCAACGGUCGCAUUUUUCAUCAGACAAACCCAUCCAAAAUCUUUGACAGAACCUCUCUUGAAAAGAGGGAUCUCAGAAGAUCAAAGACCGAAAGAACUCAUCAAUGGCGCCUUCUGAGCAACUCCCUAAUGUAGUUAUGGAAGAGGAUGAUUACAGUGAAACCGAAGGAUCCGACUCUGAAGAUUCGAACGAUUCCCAAGAUGACCCAACAUAUGACAUUUUUGAGGAAACUCAAUCUGGGUUUUCAAAUCUCUCAAUGGAGAAGAAGUCAAAAUCUCGUAUUCAGAAAGAAAUGGAUAUGGGUUUUGUGGAAGACCUGGAUGACGUGGAAAUAGUUGCGCCAGUGCUUGAUGAGAAAGAUGAGAAAAGCUUUGAGAUGGUUCAAAAAAUGAUAGAAGCUGGUCAGUUAGAGAAACUGAAAGUGGAUCAAUGCAAGGUUUAUUUGAGGAAGAAUGGAUUGAGACUCACAGGCAAUAAAGAGACACUGAUUCAACGCAUUAAGGAGCAUCUAGGUAUCAUAAAUGGUGGUGGUGAGAAGAAAUACCCAGUCUCUAGCUUUGUCCUGAACUGUAAAGGGGAUGCUUGCACAGGAGAUGUGGUUAUGUUUGAACAAAAUGUUUAUGAAAUGUUCAAUAUAGCUUCUAGGAGUGCCAGUGGCCCUCCAUGUGGUUCCAGGAUUAUUGCAGGCCACAUUGUGAAAGACAGCUAUGGUGCUGCCAAACAACAGCAUACAUUCACGAUUGAAGUCCUAUGGAGCAAAGGCGAGAAACCGCUCCCCCCACUUCAUCCCCUACUAAUUAAGGGCCGAAACCUCUAUCGUUUGAAGACUCUGAGACAGAGAUGGGAAGAUGAAGGGGAGAGGCAGAAAGUUUUAAUGGAAAAGCAUUCCAGGGGUUCUCUUGCCAGGUCUGACAGAGAAGCAAGGAUCCAAGAGAAGGAAAUGCGCAAGAACAAUAGGCAUUUGAAGGUUACCAGAAAAGCUGAGCUGAAGAAAAAUGAAUCUCAGUCGAAUCCAACAAAGCCAGGUUUAUCAGUUGAUUCAGGAAAAUUGGUCCAACCUCCAACACAACAAAAGCAAAGCAGCAAUCAGGAUCAACAAUAUCCUCCACUUCAAAGGGAAAAUUUAUGUCCCAAUACUUGCAAAGAAAACAUUGGGGUUCCACAAAAUAUGCUCAAGUUUCCUCAGGAAAUUCAGCACAGUAAGCAUGAUGGGUGUUUUGCUAAUAAUCAUAGCCAUAGGGAACCAUUGAGAAGCAUGAACCAUUUUCCUCCAGUCAUUCCAUUACAGAGGGGCUAUCCUCCAAUGCCCCCUUCAUGGGGCCACAACGACAAACAAGUAUGCAGACAUUAUGCUAAAGGAAGAUGCUACUUUGGAGAUAACUGUAAAUUUUUGCAUGAUUUGAGAAAAGAGAAUAUGUGAUCCAAGGAGUGAAAUAGAGCUGAUUGUACUACUGCUGGCAUCCUGAAAUAUCUGUUGCUAAUCCUCCAAAAUGUCUAUCUCAGAGAUGGGGGUGGACAUACUAUUUACAGAAGGAAGGAAGCUGUUUUUGGAGACAACCACAAACUUUUACUUGUUUGAGAGAUUGUUAUCAAAGGAGAGAAUUCAAGUGGUUGUGCUGGUCUUCUGAAAUUUCCAUUGCUCAUGGCAUUUUGUGUAAAUUGGGGGUUCCCUUUGGGACAGCCCUCUCUUAUUCUCAGGUUUUUUUCUCUCGGAAGGCAAUCUUCAUUCCUUUGCAAUCAA